AUGAGAGAGUCUGUGCUCCUGCUGCUCUUCAUCCAAGUCUCUCUUCAGUCCCAGUGCUGGCAGGGCCCCUUGUUCUCCUCCUCAGUUCUGCCCCUGGUGUCCCGGGAACGCAGUGGCGGUCUGGUGCACGUGUCUAGCGCCCCCUCUCUGCCGCAGUGUGUGGAGGCAGCAUGUGAACUCGUUUGGGCGGAUGUCGCCUGGCUCUUCCAGGGACGCUGCUAUGUUCUGUCCUGCCAACAAAGGGCACAGUGCCGCCCCCAAAGACGCCCCGGGACCCAGUCCUACCUGGCUUUCCUCCAACGCAGGGCCCCCCUGCUGCCGCCACUGUACUGGGGGGAGUAUAAAUCCUCUGAGGCUCCUGGAGACCUGCAGACCCUUAAAGACCUGGUUCUACUCGGAUCCAAACCGGACUACGGAGACCCAGAUUUGGGGCUGAUGGAUUAUCCUCAGAGCAACGAAGAAACUGACCCAACUAUUCAAUCGGAGCUCAAGGACAAGGACAGGCUCAAGCAAUCAGAGGCUGAGAACGAGGCCAUGGCCACAACAGAGAAACACAGAGAGGAGGCAACGCAGCGCCCCCUUCAGGCCACAGAGACGACACAAAGCAGCUCUGUUUCAUCACCCCCUCCCACCCAUGCAAAUGAAAACCAGGAAAUGAGAUCACUUCCUGUUUUGGUGGCAAUGACGUCACUUCCUGUGGUCGACUGGAAUCUUACAGUGUCAGGUGUAAACAUUGAGACCACAUCAGUGUCCCUGGGAAACCCUGUGGAGCCCUCACCAACCAACAAAAACAGUGCAAGUCAGAGCCUCCCCACAACAGACUCUGUUAAAGCUCCACCUUCAGCUCCAUCUUUUGCCCCGCCUUCUGCCUUGGUUCCGCCCUCGAGUCCGCCUUCUGCUGCUUGCCCCUCCCCUCGUCCCACCUCCGCUGGCCCAGCUACUGCACCUGGAUUCACCUGUACUUUAUUCAUCUCAUGGUCAUCAUUGCAGUCCCUCCUUGGCCCUCCUCCGGUGGCUCACGCUGGAGGAAGCUACACCCUGAUCCUCCCCAACAACUCUCUGCUCCUCCAGGGUUCCGUGACCAAUGCUGACCCUAAAACAGUGCACUAUCUGUGGACACGAGACAUCCAGAGCCCAGCUGCCGGGGACGUGCUCUUUGGCUCUGAGUCCAGUUCUUCACUCGUUCUGGUGAAUCUGGUGGAGGGUUCGUAUCUGUUUCACCUUCGAGUCACAGAUGCCUGGGGCAGAUCAGCAACCGCCACCGCCACAGUCCAGGUGCUGCCAGAGCCCGGCGAAGGAGACGAGGUGGAGCUGGAGCUACAGGUGUCCGUCUCACAGGUCAGUGUCUCUCAGAGGGACACUGUGGUUAGUCAGAUCGCAGCUCUGCUACAUGUCUCCACCUCUGACAUCCAACUGAGACGACUCUACGGACACGCCCAACUCAGUACAGUGCUGCGGUUCUCAGUGCAGUCUCCUUCUGGUCCGAUCUCUGGUCCAGACUUUGAUCCAGUCUCUGGUCCGGUUUCUGGUCCUGAAGUGGUCUCUCUGUUGAGAUCUCAUCUUUUGAGUGAGAGGACGGACUACCUCCUGUUCAGAGUGCUGCGCGUGGAUACUGUGGUGUGCCAGCUGCAAUGCUCAGGCCAGGGGCAGUGUGACCCGGUCUCCAGGCUCUGUCUCUGUGACCCCUUCUGGACUGAGAACCUGCUCCGGACCUACCUUGGGGACGGAGAGAGCAACUGCGAGUGGAGAGUUCUGUAUGUGAUCCUCAGUGGCUUCAUCCUGGUCCUCCUCAUCCUCAGUGCAACCUGGACCUUCAUGUGCUGCUGCCGGAGGAAAAGACCGUCCAGAGUCCGGAGGAAGACCCGGUACACUAUCCUGGACAACGUGGAUGAGCAGGAGAGAGUCGAGUUGAGGCCCAAAUUCAGUCUGAAGCAUCGCAGUACAGAGCAUAACUCCAGCCUCAUGAUGUCAGAGUCUGAGCUCAGCGACCAAGACUUCAGCCGAGACCCCCCACUGAGGAACCGGACUAAACCAGGUGUAAACCAGAUCUAAACCAGGACUCAACCAGGAUUAAACCAGAUGUGAACCAGGACUCAACCAGGACUAAACCAGAUCUGAACCAGGCUUAAACCAGGUCUAACCGAGGACUGAACCAGAACUAAAGUAAGACUAAACAAAGAUUAAACCAUGACUGAAAAAGGACUAAACUCAGUCUAAACCAGGACUGAACCAGGAUUAAACCAGGUCUGAACCAGGUCUGAACCAGGUCUGAACCAGGUCUGAACCAGGUCUGAACAAGGACUAAACCAGGUCUAAAGCAGCACUAAACAAGGUCUAUACCAGGACUACACCAAGAUUAAAACAGGACCAAACCUGAACUGAACCAGGUCUAAACCAAGUGUGAACCAGGAUUAAGCCAAGUCUAAAGAAGAAGUAAACCAGGUCUAAACCAGGACCGAACCAGGACUAAAUCAGGUCUAAACCAGGACUAAACCAGGUCUAAAGCAGGACUAAACAAGGUCUAUACCAGGAUUACACCAAGACUAAAGCAGGACUAAACCAGGACUGAACCAGGAAUAAAGCAGGACUGGAUAAAAGGAUACACUGUACUUCUGUUUGCAUCUUGUUUGUA